GAAAAGUAACUGUAUAUUUGAGUAUAUUUUUGGGGGUCAGGCAGUAUUUUGUAGAUAAAUCCGCGGUCACACUGGCGGUGAUAAGAUUGGCUUGAAAUUAUUGGAUUGCCAUCAAAUUAAGCAACCUUAAAGCCGUGCCCGCAGAGAAGUGCACAAAGAUCUGCCUGCUUGAGGAUGAGCCACCAGCCGGCGAGCAAACGGAAGAAACCUGUCGAACUGCCGCUGUGCUGCGGCUGGCGGGACUGCCAGGAGAUUUGCAAUGGCGAAUGGAAUCUAAACAGCCACAUUGCCGAGCACCUGGAGACAUAUGCGGCCGAGCAGCAGCAGAACGCAGCAGAGGAGCAUGCCUGCAGAUGGAACGACUGCGUCUUCCGGACAAACUGUGCAGUGGAGUUCGAGCGCCAUGCGUACUAUCACGGCUACUACAGCCAGCUGCUGCUCCAGGGCAAGCUCGAGUGCGACCUGCAUCCGGAGAUACCCGCCUGCUGUGCGCCCGCCCGCAUGGCGGACAAGCUGCCCGAUCUCAAGCAGAACUUCCACUGUGGCUGGAUGGACUGCAAUCGCGAGUUCGUAUCGAUUGUGGAGUUCCAGGACCACAUCGUCAAGCACGCCCUCUUCGAGUACGACAUCCAGAAGACGCCCGACGAUGAGCGGCCCAAAACGCAGUGCAACUGGAAUCUCUGUCACAAGCAGAUGGACAACAAGUAUCGCCUCAUCGAGCACAUCAGCACCCAUUCGAACAAGAAGCUUGUGGCCUGCUACCACUGCGGCGAGGUCUUUCGCACCAAGACGACGCUCUUCGAUCACUUGCGUCGCCAGCCAGAUAACAACACAAACAGUUUUCAGUGCGCCCAGUGCUUCAAGUUCUUUGCCACACAGAAGCUGCUGCGUAGCCAUGUGCUGCGGCACAUCAAUGGCUUCAAGUGCACCAUGUGCGACAUGACAUGCAGCUCGGCCAGCGGCCUGACCACUCACAUCCGUUAUCGCCACCUAAAGGACAAGCCUCUGAAGUGCAACGAGUGCGAGAAGCGAUGCGUGCGCGAGUCGGAUCUGGUCAAGCAUGUGGAGAUCGUGCACAACAAGACCGUGCACCAGUGCGAGCACCCGGACUGCCAGUACUCGGUGCGGACAUACGCCCAGAUGCGGAGGCACUUCCUGGAGGUGCAUGGAAACAAUCCCAUUCUGUAUGCCUGUCACUGCUGCGAACGCUUCUUCAAGAGCGGCAAAUCGCUGUCAACGCAUUUGAUGCAGAAGCACGGCUUCCGACUGCCAUCGGGGCACAAGCGCUUCACAUACCGCGUGGACGAGAACGGCUUCUAUCGGCUGGAGACGACGCGUCUCGAGAGCAUGGAGGUUACCCAACAGAUUCUAGCACCGCAGUCGCAUCCCACCAACCCCAUCCAUGACGGGGCUGACGUGAAGCCGUCGUUGACGGGGGGCAGCUGCUACGAGAUUGUGGACCCAACGAACACUGAAUUCGGUCGCAUCAUUGUCUCAAACGAUCCGGACGAGGCCCAACUCGUGGGCGAGGUCAUCAUAUCGCUACCCACCCUCAUUGACGAGCUCUGAGGGUCCCAAAAACGCACAUCCACACCUAGAAUUUGAAAAAAAAACUCAUCAUGCUAUGCAAGGGCUGUUCUCCAUUGUCAUACCCAUAGAUACAUAGAUAAUUAAGGAUGCUUCUACUCCCCCCUGCACGUUUUAAGCAUAAGUUCAAUGUCAUGUCACACCCAUCCCAUAUCCCAUCCAAGUGUUCAGAGAAAUCCAAUCUCUGAUUUUUUAUUAACCGUCUCUCUGAUCUCGUGCCCUGGCGCACACAAACCA